GCGCAUGCGCAGUGGACAAAGCUUGCGCUGUGAGGCGAAGGAGGAGGAGGAGGGUGCCCCUGAAGUUAUUUAUAAUGUCGGUCCGGCCGCUGGUGACGUAGCGAGGAGUUCGGGCGGCGGAAGAAGAAGCGGCAGCAGCGUCCUCCUCGUUCUUCUUCCUCCUCCGUCGUCGUCAUGGAAAGAGCCGGGCCGGCGCUGCGGAGGCUGGAGCCGGACUCGGGCGGCGCGUGACAGUUCUGCUGAAUUAUCCUACUACGCACCUGGGAAGCAAGGUUGGGUCCUCUGUCAGAUGUAGAAACAACAGGCUAAACUGUAUGCCUGGAAUCGGCACCUAGAAUGAAGCAGUUCACCUAAUAUUCUUCUCGCUGUCCCACGAAUUCAUAUUUCCUUGCCUUUACGCCGGAGGCGGGAGAAUAUCUCAGAAGCGUAUAACAUCCUACCCAUUUGGAAGCCUGCCUGGCUUGCUUUGCUCCCAGCCAGUGGAAGCUCAACUUUUGGGUUUCCUCUUCCUUGUUUUCCUUUGAGAGAUAAUUUCACUCAGAUAGACAAUGCCGUGAACAGUUGCGUCGCUUCCCGCUCGCCAGCCCUAUAAACCGUGCACCAGGGAGUUCGGUAGACAGUGCAAAAGGCGGUCAGGGAAUUUGCUAUGGCUGGGAGUGGUGGUUACACAGACCUACGAGAGAAACUCAAAUCAAUGAUGCCUUACCGGGACAGCUACAAGGGCGGCGGGCUGCGGGACCCAGCGGAGUCCCCCUAUGGAGGCAUGGGUGAACGGAAACGUAAGUACCACGAGGAUUCUGAGUCAGAGCCCAGCGACUAUGAGGAACGCCAGCGGGAGGAGGAAGAAGCCCAGAAGGUCAAAAGUGGCAUCCGCCAGCUGCGCCUCUUCAGCCCCGAAGAGUGCGCCAAGAUCGAAGCUCGGAUCGACGAGGUGGUCUCCCGGGCUGAGAAGGGCCUGUACAAAGAACACACGGUGGACAGGGCUCCUCUGCGGAACAAGUAUUUCUUUGGGGAGGGCUACACGUACGGGUCUCAGUUGCAGAGGCGAGGCCCUGGCCAGGAGCGGCUGUACCCACGGGGGGAGGUGGAUUCGAUCCCCGAGUGGGUGCACGACUUAGUCAUUUGCAAGCUGGUGGAGCACCGGGUGAUCCCCGAGGGCUUUGUGAACAGUGCGGUCAUCAACGACUACCAGCCGGGGGGCUGCAUAGUCUCCCAUGUGGACCCUAUCCACAUCUUUGAGAGGCCUAUUGUCUCCGUGUCGUUCUUCAGUGACUCAGCGCUCUGCUUUGGCUGCAAGUUCCAGUUCAAGCCCAUCAGGGUCUCUGAACCGGUCUUCUUCUUGCCUGUGAGGAGAGGGAAUGUCACUGUGCUCAGUGGCUAUGCAGCGGAUGAAAUUACACACUGCAUUCGACCACAGGAUAUCAAGGAGAGGAGAGCCGUCAUCAUCCUUAGGAAAACCAGACUGGAUGCCCCCCGGUUGGAGAUGCGAUCUUUGAGUAGUUCUGUCCUGAUGCCAGGCUAUGCCUCUGACCGUCUAUCAAGAAGCAACCGGGACCACAUCCUGAAGCCAAAAAGGUCCCAUCGCAAAGCAGACCCGGACGCUGCUCACCGGCCUCGCAUUUUAGAAAUGGAUAAAGAGGAGAACAGGCGCUCGGUCCUUUUGCCCAAGCACAGGAGACGGAGCCACUUCAGCUCCGAGAACUAUUGGCGGAAGUCUCAGAAUGAUCCCACGGAGGACUUUGAUGAAGAGGAGGAGGACGAAGAGGACGGCAGCCCGGCCCGCAAAGUCAAAAUGAGGCGGCAUUGAGGAAAUUCUGUUCUUUCUCACUCCCCUGCACUUUCCCCACAUCCAGGGUCAGAGCUGAUCAGACUGGCCUUCAGGCUGGGAAGUCCUGCCACCCUUCUUUUUCUUCUAACUCUCACAGCUCUCUCUCUUUCUCGUCUAGUUUUCACUUUCUUCUUCCCCACUCCAGCCUCCUUUCUAAGGCUGAGGUAUACCCAGCAGGCAUCUGGCUCACUUUUUCAUUUUUCAUUUCUUUUAAGUCAGGGCAUCCUACUAACCAGGAUGUAUUUGCUGCCACCUGCCUUGGGCACACCUCAGUCUGGAGGCAGCCUUCCUUCUCUCUGUAUCUCUCUCUCUUUUUCUUCUUCUUCUUAAGGAAAAGCAGUCUUGUUCUCAAAGGCGUGGAUGUCAAAGAUGCCAAAAAGUGACCUGUUCCGAGUUUGCUUGAAGGGUUGCAAAAAAUAUCCUUUUUUUGUGCUCUCAUGCCGCCGCUUCUUUUAAAACAAAAAACACUAUUCUAGGUAUUCAGCAUUUGAUCUCAUGCUCGCCACCUCCCACGCACAUGGCGAAACUUUGUUCUGGCAGCGGCCAUCCUUACACCAAAGGGCUCCCUGGUUUCUGAAGACCGCGACCAUAUGGAUUGUUUUACUUCCCAUCCCCUCCUUUCUCUCCCGCCGUUGUUCAAAAGACGCCACCCUCCCGCAACUGGAAAAAAGAAUACCCCAAAAGCUUCGCGGACACCUCUGUCACGGCACCGGAUGACAAAGCGUUUAUUGGACGUGUUGCACUUUAGUGUCAGGGUUCCCCCUCCCUUUUGUGUGUGUAUGUAUUUGAGUGUGUGUGUGUGUGCAUGUGUGCGUGGGCGCAUGUGUUCCAUUAAAUGCCAUAUAAUUCCCCUUCCUCCCCUUUUAUUUUGCUUGGGCUAGCAAGCAUCUUGUGUUUUCUGCGCUGCUAAUGGAAGGAUACCAUUGUGUGUUUCUCUUUUGUGAAGGAUGCGUGGCAGUUCCACCUUGGAGCUGCUUCUUGAGGGCUCACUGAGCGGGUGGGAAGGAGCAACUCUUGGAGGAAGGAGGAGAGGUUGGGUCAGAAACCCUGGGUCUGCUGACUCCUUUACUCUAACAGCAUUUGCAGGAGCGUGCUUGGCAUGGUCUCAGCCAUGCAAACAGAACCUGCACAGGCUCAGUCUGAGUGCAAAGCAAUUUUUUUGUUAAGUGGCUUGCUCAGGAGAGAUUUCCCAGUGUGUUCCACCCCUUCUUUGUGUGUAAAAGUUGAUCUGUUCCAUUCAGAUGCGCACAUCUCCCAUUUUAGGGAGGUAGGAGGUAGAAAGGCUUUUUCCCAAUAUUGCUGCACCUUUAGAUGCUUGAAACUGGAUCUUCUUCAUAGGCUGUUGUCUGUCCUCAAGAGGAAGAGGGCCAGUGGGCAACCUGGAUCCCAAGCUAAGCUGGUAGCUGGGUGUUUGAAGAGAAGGAUUCCUUUCCCCUCCGUUUUUUAAAGGCAGAUUAGUUGCUGAGGAGUGAGGCUUGGGGAUCCCCAGGUCGUGGUGCAGAAUCUACCUCCGGUGAGACAGUCAUGCUUGAGCCUGCCUGGGCUGGCAUUGGGUUGAAAAGGAAUAAUCGGCUGCUUCCGUUCCUGCAGGUCCAGCAGGCAGGCCUCCUGCUUUUGUUCUCUAACCCUUUCCUCUAAGACCUGCUUGCAAGUCCUCCCAACAGGGCCUGCCCACUGGCCUCUGACACACUCAGCGCUUUUGCUUUCCCGCUGGAGCGUGGCUCAAAGAGCAAGCCCUCUGGCUGCUAGUGAGUUGAUUUGAACCUUUUGCAUGUGUGGUUUUAUUUUUAAAUUCCAGGUCUUCUCCUCAAUGGCUGUGCUUUUUUUUCCUGGCCUCACUCUGUCCCAAGCUGAAGGAGUUGUCAGAGUUCAGGAAGUAUGCCAGAACCUGAGUUUUAACAGAUUAAAAUAAAUCCCAGUUGCCUCUGAAGUCUUCACCCACUCCCACCCACCCACCCACCCAAAGUCCUGGUCAUUUCACUCAGCACUUUGCAUUAAAACCACUAGUACAGCUAAUCUCCUCUUAAGCAUCUUCAUCUUAUUUUGCCCUGCUUUGCAAAGUCCCCUUACUCAUGCAUAUAGUCCCGUUUGCCUUUUUUCAGUGACCUCUCCAUACCUGGCUAUAGGCACUGAAUUCUGAUGAAGGUUUUUGGAUGUCAGGAACAAUGUUAUGUGUUUUGUUCUGCAGCUGCCUGGCCUGUUGGCUAACUUAGGAGGAGAGGAACAGAGGAGAUUAAGCACAACCGUACUACAGCAUGGCCAGAUUUAAAAACAGAGCGCAUAUUUACUGCCUCUUUGGGGAAUCUUAUAACUUCUGAGAGUGGUGGCUUCAUAAUGCACAGAACCGUGAGUUCAUCGCUAAAGCUUCCCUGUUUGUGCAGGUUGUUCCUAGUUACUUAUCCAGGAGCAUACUUAGAUUUAAAGGUUGAAAGCAUCCCUCCAUAUAAUUCCCUGUAGGUAAAGUCAAAGCAGAACAUAGAGAAGUCAUUAAAAAACAUGUUGAUGAUCUGUUUAAUGUCCUGGCCUGCAAUGAACAGACCUGCUGGUCCAGGAGACCUUAGACCGCUCUGGUUUUGGUUUCCUGAAAAGCAUUAAAACAUCCAGGAUGUUGGUUGCAAAGCAUUCUUAAGGGCUCAGCAUCCUGUGGCAUCCCAUUCCACAUCCCUGUCUUGCUAGUUGAAAGCAUCUUCUCUUUAUUGGCCACUAACGUAAGGACUGUGUGCAUGCCCCCAUACCACUGGCAACCUCUUCUUCAUAGUUUAAGUUGGUUUCUUCUCUUUGUUUCCUCUAUUUUUUGACUGUUUGACUAAUCUUAAGAAAGACAAGUCCAGUUAGGUCAAGGCUGACAGACCUGGGGCCCUUUUGCACUACACCAGUGGUUUCCAAAUUUUAAUCCUGUGUGUGUUUGGACUUCAGUUCCCAGAAGCCCCAGUCAGCUUGACCAACAGUCAAGAAUUCUGGGAGCUGAAGUCCAAGACAACUGGAGGACCACAAUUGGGGAACCAUUACACUGUGCAAUUAUAACAUUAUAAUCCCACUCUGUCUGCUAUGGUUGCUUCCUAUGAGAUCCUGAAACUGGGGGAGGAGCGCUCCAACGCCUCCCCAAACCUGUCCCAGGAUUGCAUGGGUUGUUGCCAUGAGUUAAAGUGGAAUAUUAGCAGUAUAUUUGUGUAGCGAGAAAGGGCCCCUGGUUUCUUUGAUCAAGAACUUCCAUGUGUCUCUGCCUAGGGCAAGAUGGCAUGCGACAUCUGAACCUCUGCUCCCAUCUGGAGUAUAUUAUUAAUCUGCAGUUUGCUUUAAUUUUUCCCAUUCCUCCUUUUUAAGCCUUUAAGACGGCUGUUUUCCAAACAUGUGGGGCACCUUGGUCAGGAAAGCUUAUGGGGCAAAACCCACUCCGUGUGCACUUUGCUGCCUUACUUGUCUCUGCCUCCUUUUUAAAAUGUGGGACCCAUCUCUCCAUGAAAGCAGUGGAGGUAGCUGCGUCUGGCAGGUCUCUGUCCUCUUGAAUGCCCCUCAUUUCAACAAGGAGCCAUGCCAGAAAGAGAACCUGAAUCCCUCCUGUCAAUGCUGUUAGAGUGAAGUUUAAUAGCAGCCAUCACUGGAGAGAGAAAAAGGCCGAUCUUAGCUGGACGCUUCUGAAAACCUGAGGCUUGCAUGGCUUGGAUCCAUUUCCAGUGGUUUGCUGAGGGUUGUUCGGUUUGUUUUUAAAUGCCAAGUGCUGUUGAACUUGAGUCAGAAGGUUUAAUACAAAUUGCUAUUCUAUUAUAAUGAAUCCAAUCUGCUCCAGAAUUGCACCUGGGUUUCUCCCCCUUUGCACCCGCCUUCCUCCCAAUUAUUAAAUUUAAAUAAAAUUUAAAAAAUAAGAAAAUUAAAAAAAGAAGAAGUUCUGGCUGACUUUUUUUGUGUGUUUUUUUUAAAAAUUAAAACAAAUCUCUAAUUUUUUGUUACAAAUAAUAAUAAAAAUAAAUAAGUGGCAAUAUUUUUUUUUCUGUAAUUUUUCAUAGGAAAAAAAAAGCAAAACAAAAACGAAGCGUGAUUUGUAAACAGAAAAAUUGUACAAUUGCAAAGUUUGCGAUACACACACGAAACAAGCGCACGCCGCGUGGCACGCCGUAAAUGGGGCUGGGGAGGGCCGGGGAGAGAGUAUUUUCCGUACAGUACUGUGUAUUUGGGGAGAAAUCUUUUAAUUCGGGUUGAUUUAGGAAAGGACUAUAGUUCCCUGUCAGGGUUUGAAAUCUCUCUUUUUUUGUUUGUUUCUUGUAUAGAAUGCUGCAUUUAACUAAAUAAAAGCCGAAAGCAUCA